GGCAGUGAGAGGAAGCGAAGGGAUAGACAGGGACAGGAACAGGCUUAUUUUCGCUCAUAGAUAGUUGUGUAAUUAAGAAAAUUAGAGUAAAUUACAGGGCGGGAGAAUAGGCUGGGCUGGAAAUGAAGCCUGAUACCUUAUCAUGAGGGAGGCUGAAUAUGAGCAGGCCUGGGAGCAAGUAAGGAACAGAGAGGAAAGGGAAACAAGGGGAGUAGGCUACACUUGUCUUCAAGGUUAACAGGAUUCAGAAGUUCAUGACCUGCUUUUGAUAAUUACCCCGCUGUUUCUGCAAGUCCUACGCAGCCUUGAAGUAGCUCUGCCUCGUCACAGACAGGAGCAGAGAGAGAGAAGACAGGAGGCGACCCAUUUAGUCCCGUUGGAGAGAGCCUGCGCUGACAGCGAUACCUGAGUCGCUCAGGUGCAGAGUGGAAGUGCAUGCAAUGUCUUUUAGAAGAAGAACAGCAACAUGGUUCGGUGGUUCCACAGAGAUAUCAGUGGCGUGGAAGCUGAGACAAUUUUAAAGUCUCGAGGCAUUCAUGGCAGCUUCCUGGCACGGCCCAGCAAGAAGAAUGUAGGAGAUUUCUCCCUCUCCGUCAGGGUGGGUGAUCAAGUGACCCACAUCCGCAUCCAAAACAAUGGUGAUUUCUAUGAUCUGUACGGAGGAGAGAAGUUUGCCACGUUGUCAGAGCUGGUGGACUACUACACAGCCGAGAACGGCAUCCUCCAGGACAAGGAUGGCACCAUCAUCGAGCUCAAAUACCCCCUCAACUGCUCCGACCCCACCACAGAGAGGUGGUAUCACGGCCACCUGUCGGGGCUGCAUGCAGAGAAGCUGCUCGGAGAACGAGACGAGCCAGGGACCUUCCUGGUGAGGGAGUCUCUGUCCAAACCUGGAGAUUUUGUUCUGUCUGUUGUGACUGAGGAGAGAAACAAAACAGGUGGAAGGAGGGUCUCCCACAUUAAGAUCAUGUUUCAGAAUGAAAGGUAUACAGUGGGCGGCUCAGACGUGUUUGACACGCUGGCGGACUUGGUGGAGUUCUACAAACGCAAAGGCAUCGAGGAGAUCACUGGGAACUGGGUGCACCUCAAACAGCCUUAUUACUCCACCAGAAUGAACGCAGCAGACAUUGACAGCCGAGUCAAAGUGCUGGACGUUAAACAGGGGCAGGAGGGAGAGGGGGAGAAGAGCAAGGCGGGCUUCUGGGAGGAGUUUGACGCUCUUCAAAAGUUGGAAGCAAAAGUGAAGAAGAGCAGAGAGGAGGGGCAGAGGCCAGAAAACAAAAGCAAAAACCGAUACAAGAACAUUCUUCCCUUCAACGACACCAGGGUCAUCCUGCAGGAUGCAGAUCCCAACAUUGUUGGUUCAGAUUAUAUCAACGCCAACUAUGUGCAAAACACCAUUUCGGAGGCAGGAGAUCAGAAAGUUUACAUUGCCACUCAGGGUUGCCUAGCAACAACUGUAAAUGAUUUCUGGCAGAUGGUGUGGCAAGAGAAUACAAGGGUUAUUGUCAUGACAACAAGAGAGGUCGAGAAGGGACGGAAUAAAUGUGUGCCAUAUUGGCCAGAUGAAGACAGCUCCAAAGAGGUGGGGCCAUAUGUGGUGACCUCUAAAUCCGAGAGAGAUGCCUCUGACUACAAAGUCCGGAUCUUGGAGAUCGCCCCAUUGAACGAGUCAAAAUCGAGUCGUGUCAUUUGGCACUACCAGUACCUGAGCUGGCCUGACCACGGCGUCCCCCAGGAGCCAGGCGGUGUCCUCAGCUUCCUCACUCAAGUGAACAGCAAACAGGCUGAGUUUCGUGAUGUUGGGCCAAUGAUCAUUCACUGCAGUGCCGGGAUCGGUCGGACGGGCACCUUUGUGGUGAUUGACAUGAUUCUUGAGACCAUUGAUGCUCAAGGCCUGGAGUGCGAUAUCGACAUCCAGAAGUGCAUCCAAAUGGUGCGGGAGCAGCGCUCUGGCAUGGUGCAGACUGAGGCCCAGUACAAAUUCAUCUACCUGGCUGUAUCUGAGUAUAUACAGGCCACCAAGGCCAAAAACAGUGCCUCUCUGGAAACUGAGACAGAGUAUGGAAAUCUACAACUCAAACACCAACCAGCAAGCAGGAAGGUUUCAAAAAACAAGGAGGAUGUAUACGAGAAUCUGUCCAAAGCAAAGAAGGACAUGAAGAAACAGAAGUCAGACAAAAAAAGCGGCUCAGUGAAGAAAAGAUAGAAGUGGACAGGUUGAAAUAUGUUCUUGAAGGAUUUGUUAUUUUAUUGAUAUAGCCAGUCUUUUGUUACAGAUGUUUUUGUCUUUAAAGUGAGACUUUACAAAUCAUGAAAUUAAUAUUUCAACAAACAUUGAUACUGUAUAGGCUGAAUUUGAAUGCAUACAUGAUUGAUGCAUUUGUUGGAAAUAAAGGCAGAACAUGUGUGUAAAGUU